UGCUUGACUCGCAGUUUUUCUGCUCUCUGAGCAGUCACAUAUUCCUCAAACAGUCUUUCUGUCUCAUGUCUCCAUGACUGUCUUUACGAGCAGUGACUGUCCCGUGAUUUUCUGCGAUAACAAAGGAAGGAGGUUCAAAGAUGCAGCAUCAUUCUGACCCAGAGAACAGACUAAUGUGGACCAUGCGGAACCAACAGCGCCUAUAAAUAUUAGAAAUGGAAGUCUGGAGGGCAUUUCAUUGACACAUAAUCUGGAAGAGGAGAGAACACCACGUUCUGUAUACAUUUAUAUUUAAUAAACUAAAAGAAUAUUAAUAGAUGAUCAUGCCACGGCUGGUUUUUAUCUUGGUGUUUCAAGCUCUUACAUCACUUCAAAUCACAGCAGAGGAAGAAUGCCAAAUAGCUGAGGUAUCAAAGCUCAAGGAAGAGAUUCGUACGCUGAAAAAUAAAUUGUUGAUUGGGGAAUGGAAAGUUAUGCAUCUGCGUGCUCACCGUCGGUUCAGGCUGGUUCCCAACCUGGAACUAUCACUGGAAGACAAGACCUCUGAAAACAACACUGAACCUUCACCAACCCUACCAAGUACUGGAGGCUCAUUAUUAGUUCAUGACAAAGAUUGUUCUGAGUUAUAUGACAGACUAAAACCAAGAAGUGGAUUCUACAGGAUUAAACCCAAACCGUCAUUUGAACCGUUCCUUGUGUACUGUGAUAUGGAUGAUGGUGGGUGGACUGUGAUUCAGAAACGGAUCAAUGGGAAAGUUGAUUUCGACAGAAAGUGGGAAGAUUAUAAAAAUGGAUUUGGUAAUUUCCAGUCAAGUAAAGAUGAAUUCUGGCUUGGCAAUGAUCAUAUUCAUGCCCUGCUCAGCGAUGGUGAACAUACGAUGAAAAUUGAACUGAUAGACUGGAAAGGAGGGAGAUCAUACGCCAUGUACGACAACUUCAGAGUAUCAGAUGAAAAAGAUAAAUAUAGGCUGCACUAUGGGAUGUACAGUGGUCAGGCAGGAGAUGCCCUGUCUGGAGGAGCCAAUAUGGUGGAGCAAUGGUCAGCCUCUCAUAAUGGCAUGCAAUUCAGCACCCGGGACCAAGAUCACGAUCGCUACCUGCAGGGAAGCUGUGCUGUUGAGAACAGGGGAGGCUGGUGGUAUAACAGGUGUCAUGCUGCCAAUCUUAAUGGGAAGUUUUACAGAGGUGGAGAAUACAAAGCCAAAUAUGAUAAUGGUGUGGUUUGGGGCACAUGGAGAGGACUGUGGUACUCUCUCAGACACACAGCCAUGAAGGUCCGACCCAGCUCCUACAUGGACAAUGUAGGGAGUGGAGGAGGACCCAUUGAGUAGCAAGGUGGCUGAACACUCUCAUCAUGCACAUUUGUGUGUUUUACAGUGUAUUAACUAUAAGAUUUAAUGUAGUUUAUUAAACUUUUCUGUCAACCACGGGACUGCCAUAAAGCAAGAAAGGAUCUCAUUGGGACAAAGGAAGUAACUGAUCUCGGUCGAUUCAAUGAGUACAUUGGCUUAUCUUUACAAAAUAUUGUGAUUAUGAUAUGAUAUUAAUCAAAAUACUAUAUUAUUCUGUGUAAAACGGUAAAUAUAAUCAUGCAUGCAUUCAUAUAACACUCCUGGUACAAAAUAUCUGUACCAUAAUAAAGAAGCAUCUAAACAUA